UGAGAGAGAAAGCGUCCGAAUGAUGAGAGAAAAAACCCAUCUCCAAAAAGGAUAAGGUCGUCCACACGAUCAGCCGGCUCAGCGGAUAAGACCUGGCCAUUUACACUGCAUUUUCUCUCUCUAUAAAUACCGCUGUUUAUGCGCUCAUAUCCUCGUCUUUUAUGAUCACAGGUUUUGGAGAGGAAGAGAGAUCAAUACCCAUCUUAUCAUUUCUGGGAGUCAUACUGGUUUUGCAUUGUAAGUUCUAGAGAGAGAGAUUUGAGUGGGCUUGUUGAGGAGAAAGAGCUAGGGUUUGGGGCUGUAAUGGCUGCUUUUUCGAUUGCGGGGAGAGGUUUGUUGCAUAGUGGGUUGUGGAAAUCUAGAGAGAGAAAGGGAAGGGGGAUUAGGAUGGUCAAUGCGAGAUCAGGGAGUUUGAUGGAGGAGUAUAGGACACUUCGGAUCAAACCAGGAGCUUCUGAAAUGGAUGUCAAGAAGGCGUUUCGUCAGCUUGCUUUGCAGUAUCAUCCAGAUGUUUGCAAAGGUAACAAUUGUGGGGUUCAAUUCCACAAGAUCAAUGAGGCUUAUGAUAUUGUAAUGAGAAGUUUGAGAGAAUCAGAAGGAAAAGAAGAGAAUGGGUAUGAGAGCAGUGAUGAGAUGAGAGGGAUGUAUGAUUCUUCAAGUUGGGACUUAUGGGAGGAUUGGAUGGGUUGGGAAGGUGCUGGAAUUAGGGACUACACCUCUCACAUCAACCCUUACAUUUGAAUUCACUCUUCCUAUACCUUUUUUCACUUGCUCUAUGUAAAUGCUGUAAAUAAAUAAAGCAUUCUUCCUGGUGUAAAUCCUAAAUGCUGUAAAUAAAUAAGCAUUCUUCCUGGUGUAAAUCAUCUACAAAUUGGACCUUUUCUAUAUUUUAAUGAGAAGGUCAAAAAAAAAAGUGUUACCAGACCCUCUAUUUCUAUCUUAUAAAUUUGGUUAUUAAUUUGUGGUC